GCAAGAGUGGGGUGUGGCCAGGAGGGGAGCCUGCGGGGGUGGAGCAUCCAGUUCUGGGCCAGGGGGUCCAAAGUGCUUAGCUCCCAGGGUGCACAGCUGGACAUUUGGGGGUCUUCUGUCAGCAGGGGACAGCGUGAAUGGGGGCAAUGGCAUCUCCCGGCCACAUCCUGGCUCUGUGUGUGUGUCUCCUCUCCAUGGCCAGUGCAGAAGCUCCACAGGAACCGGAUCCAUUCACCUACGAUUACCACACCCUGCGGAUCGGCGGCCUCACUAUCGCUGGAAUCCUCUUCAUCUUGGGCAUCCUUAUCAUCCUUAGCAAGAGAUGUCGAUGCAAAUUCAACCAACAGCAGAGAACCGGGGAACCCGAUGAAGAGGAGGGAACUUUCCGCAGCUCCAUCCGCCGUCUGUCAUCCCGCAGGCGGUAGAACCUCCACCUGGCUCCAGGAAACUCAGCCAGAACCCCCUUAGCACCUGACACCUCUCCCCACCCAGAUGCUCGCCUGUGACCACCCCCAGCGUCCCCUGCAUCAGCCCUGCCUUUCGGACACCCCUUGCUGCUCAGACCUCUAAUAAAACUCGGUUUUCCUUCUUGAUA